AUGGCACUGCGGUUCUUGACGCCAAUAUGCUUCCUACUGAGUCCCCUGGUGAUCCUCUCGGGCUUUCUCAGCAGCUGGAUCUUUGCCCUGGGCAUCCCGUUUCUGAUCGCAAAGUUCGUCUUAGUGGCCCUCAGCGGCUUUGUUGCUGCCCUCCUGCGCAAGUCCCUCUUCUCCAAGCUCUCGAGCAUCCUUGUUCCCUCGACAGCAUCAGACAUUUCCCGUGUUCACUCCGACGUCGUCCUGUCGACUCCCAGCCCGAGAGGCACGCCCAUGCUCACGCCCUUCAAGAACGUCCUGCUGCGGGCAAAUACCGACUAUGCCCUCCGUCACGCCGACUCCGAUGCGGCGUACGGCCCCGUCUUUGAGUUCCACUCCGAAACCUCCUCUGAAGCCGACGACGAUUUGCAUUCCCACGCCGAUCAUCCUGAGGAUUCGCCUUUCCUCGAAACCCACCACGACUUGCUCGCUCGCCAGCACUCGGCACCGCUGCUUGGGUCGCUGUCGUCGCCCCUGGCCGUCCGCUUUCACGAAAGCCGGGAUCUCCAGAAGGCCCAGCUGCAGCUCUCGCCGAGCGUCAUUGCACGCUUUGACCAACUCGACCGACGGCACAAUCCACCACGAACUCCCUCGCCUGGCCCCUCUGUCCUCGACGCCGCCCUGAUCAGCGACGAGUACCGCUUCAAUGGCGUCUACAAAGUCUCGCAUUGGUCGUCGGACGAGUACUUGUCCUCCUUCAAUGCUGGCGAGUAG